AAUACUUAGAAUUUAAUUGCACGUUGUUUUCCAGUUAUUUUCCCGAGAAGAAACUGAUAUUUAAAUGUGUUUUAAGCUUGACAUAUGGUGUCUAGCCAAAAGCUAGUCGGUGCAUAGCUUCACCUUUUAUAGUAAGACUUGCAUUCUUUAAACAGAAAUGGAGUUAAAAUGGUUGAUUCUCGUAGCACUACUUACUUUCAUACCCUUUGGAUGGGGCUAUUAUAUCGACUACUGCCAGAUGCGCUACUGUGGAAAGAAUAACCUAGCCUGCAACAAUCCAUCUAAAUACAGUAUUAUGUGUCCGCCGAGUGCCAGGACUCUUUCCAUGUCGAUGUACCGUAAUGCGCUAUUGAAUGCCUUCAACGAGUUUCGCAACUAUACGGCCAGUGGACAGCAGAAGUACCUUCAGGCAGCUGCGGCCCGGAUGUCCCGCCUGAGUUACUCCAACGAUCUGGAGGACUUGGCCCGCCUGGCGGCCAUCACCUGCUCCACGCACAAGUUCUGCCUCAGCUCGCCGGAAUUCUACUACGUGGGCACCAACCUUGGAUCCACCUUCUAUCUGGGCAACUUGAACGACUACGAGGACCUCGAGCUGAUGCUACGGACUAUCCAGGACUGGACAAAAUACGUGGAAAACAUCAAUAUGAAAAUGGUCCUCUAUAUGCCGAAUACUUUGGAGAAAAGUGGUACCGCCAAGGCAUUGCUCCUGUUAGCUGACCGAAAUACCCACGUGGGCUGCUCGGCGAUGCGAUUCACCUUGAACUCCGUACACUACUUCACCUUCGUGUGCGCCUUUAGUACGGAUCUUUUCGUGGAGCGGCCCGUUUACCGGAUGUCGAUGCGACCGGGCAGUGCCUGCAAACGGCUUGAUCCCACUUAUCUGGCACUCUGUGCCGCUGGGGAAAAUUACGAAAAUGAAAAGCCGGUGGCUAAUGCUGUGGUCUUCCAGUUGCCCCUUGAUAUAUCCAAAGGUCGACAGACUUAUGUGCCGGCCAAGUAGACAAUGCUUUAAGUAAACUUUUAAAUUGGCAACACUAAAAUAUGUUAUAAAGUAGUCUGCAUUCCCCCACACUUUUAAGAGUGCUGAUGGCCAGACAAAAGUACACGCCCCGGGAUAACCAAACAAAAUCUGCGCACAAAAACAAAUAGUUAACACCCAGACGUAACCGUGGAAGAGGAGGAGCAGCAGGAACAGACAUUUCAGGGCAGCCUCGAUAAUCACAGGACACAUUUGCAUAUAAACACGCUUCCGGGCUGAUGUCCUUCGCAUGCAAAUGAAAACAUUAGCGAGGCACACGCGCAUCCGCAUCUGCGAGAUGCAGAUACACGGCCAGCGACAGAUACAGAUACGGAUA